CAAUAGGAGCUCCGCGGCGUGGGGGUCAAAGGGCAGGCGAAGACAAAGAUGGCGGUGCUAGCGGCAGCGGCUGAGCCGGUGAAGCCGUGUCACUGAGGAGGCCAGGCUAGGCGAGGCGAGGCGUGGGUGGGGAUGAUGAUGGUGCGUGGCGCGCGCUGUGGCUGAGGAUCCCUCGCGCCCUCUAGCCGUCCCGCGCCCCCGCCCUUCUCAGCUGGUGCCCCGGCCUCGCGCUCCCUCCUCUCCAUGAGCGGCGCGUGCGAGCUGGUGUGGCGCCUGCUGCACGCCCUGCUCUGUCUGCUGCGCGCGCUGCUCUCGUGGCUCCGCGGGCGGCUGCGGAGCGGCCCCCGCUCGUGGCUCUGGCGCUGGUGGCGCCGCGCGGCCUCUGCCGCCGCCUCCUGCGCGCUCCUGGCGCCCGCCGCCGGGGCCUUCGCCUUCCACAAGCCGGGCGCGGCGCGGCGGGUGCCUGGCGGGCGCGGGCGGUGGCGCUGGGACGGGCGGUCCCUGGAGAAGCUGCCGGUGCACAUGGGGCUGGUGGUGACCGAGGAGGAGCCGAGCUACGCGGACAUGGCCAGCCUGGUGGUGUGGUGCAUGGCGGUGGGCAUCUCCUACGUCAGCGUCUACGACCACCACGGAAUCUUCAAGAGGAAUAACGCAAGGCUGAUGGAUGAAAUUUUAAAACAGCAGCAGGAACUCUUGGGUCUAGAUUGCUCCAAAUAUACAGUGGAAUUUGCAAAUCAAGACAAAACAGACCAAGUUUUAAAUUGCCAAUCUACAUUGAAGGUGCUGUCCCCAGAAGAUGGAAAGGCAGACAUAGUGAGAGCUGCUCAGAACUUCUGCCAGUUGGUAGCACAACAGCAAAGAAAAUAUACAGACCUGGAUGUGAAUGUCUUAGACAACUUACUAAGUAGUAAUAAAGGUUUCCCUGACCCUGAUUUAAUUUUGAAGUUUGGUCCUGUGGACAGCACAUUAGGAUUCCUUCCCUGGCACAUCAGACUAACAGAGAUCAUUUCUUUGCCUUCACACCUGAACAUCAGCUAUGAAGAUUUUUUUUCUGCUCUCCAUCACUAUGCAGCCUGUGAGCAGCGUUGGGGAAAAUGACUUCUUGCGAAGCACUCUUGUCAGGCUUUCCAUGGAAAGGAUCCAGUAUCUCUGUUUACAAGCAUCCUGUGAUCUGUACAAGUCUGGUUCAUAGUAAUUUUCUUAAUUUAUCAACAAACUCAAUAAAGUGGUCUUACCUUUCUAGAGAGUCUGUGCGUGUGAGUGAGUGAGAAUCCUUCUGCAGAAAGGGGGAAACGCACAGGUUUGUUAAUUUGUGCAAAUGACCUUGUAUACAUUUUAAGCAGAGCUGAUCAGAUGCUUCAUGCCCCCCACCUUUGUCUUUUUUUCCUUCCAGUGACCAAAAUGUUAUGUAAGAAUAAUGUUGCUCUUUGCUAAGAGGCAACAUUCAUAGUAUCAUUGUGAAAACUACAGGGCAAUAUAAGAUGUUGCCACAUACAUUGAAGGUACUUUUCAGUGGAAAAGUGGAGACUUGUCUGCCAUUAUAUGCCCGUCCAUUCCUCAUCCUCCCUGUGUUCCUCAUAGAUGAACACUUGAGAGCCGUUGGCCUGGUUAUCUUCAAAUAUGUUAGGUGUGUGUUUGUGUAUUGCAUAUAUCAGUAACUAUUCUGGUGACCAUAAAAAUGAAAUGAAAAGAUUCCAGCUUACCUGCUGACAAGACAAAGCAUCUAAUAGGAUAAAAAGCACAGGUAAUAAGUUUCUGGAAUCUGAAGAGGCCACAGAUUCUUUCAUUACCUUAUUUUGGAGUAAGUGCAUUAAGCAGCAGUCUGUUAUGAAAUAUCCAGGGUGGGUGGUGGGUUGUGGGUUUUUUUGGAGGGGACAAGGAUGUUUAAAAGCAAAAGCCUUCUAAAAAUGUACCUAUAGCCCGAGAUCUUCCCUUCUUCCCUAGGACCCAGCGAAGCCAAAUUCCUGUUGAGUUCAAUGGACACUGAAUUGAGCACCCAUAGUUGAUGAGAUGACAUAAAUUGAGAUUUCCAAAACAUAAUUAACAUUAUAAAUGACUUUUUAUAUUGCACUGAUCUGGUACUAUUUUUAAAAUAACUUUUUAAGUGAAUUAAGUCUCUAGCUGGAUAAAGCAGUCUCAGAUUGAGUUAAAUUUAGAUUUUGGGUUGCUGAUUCUAUUUUUCAUUCUCUAUUUUAGGAACAAUACAAAUUGCCAGUAUGCUUUCCUUAUUACUGUUUAGCCAUAAGGCAGUGUUUAAUUGUGUACGUUUCAGGGAAGUCUCCGUCAGAUGUCAGUAUACAUACUGAACUAGGUAUGUUCAAGACUGAGUUUAUGAAGUCUGCAAAUAGCAGUGAAGAGAAGGAAUGGAUUUAGUGAACAUACAGUGCUCUUAUUAUGAUUUUUUCAUGUUUUGAGAUCAUGAACAAUGAAGCAAUGUAACCAGAAGUGCAGCAUUAGGUUAAUAUCUGCAUAAGGAACUGACAGUUAUAGGGGGAAAAAAACCUCCAUCACAGAAUGUCCUAAUUAAAUUAUUUAAAUAUAGAAAAUACACUUGAAAUAAAAGCUCUUAAAUUGAAAUUGUCAUCUGUCUAAAUGCUUUUAAGUAUGAAAGAAUAAGCAGUACAUAAAAAGAGAGCUGUACUGUUUGCUGAAUGUUUGUCGUUUUGAAACUAUAUCCUUUAUUUUGUCCUUGACUUUAUAGAAUCGUUAGCCGGUUCUUGAACAAGUGUUUCAGAUUUGUCCCCCUCCUCAGAGAUUUAGUCCUCUUUUGCUUUCUCUUUAAGAAGGUGGGAAGCUUGGCAAAGCACUACAUGGGAAAAAUCUUUAUUUCAGUUUAAAAAGGGAACUGUCAGGUUUUAAACUAAUGGUUUUUUUGUAAAAUAACACACUAUGCUUUGUCAUGAAUAGCUAUAAUGUUACAGUGCAGGUUGCAGAGAUAUUACUUGUUAGCAUCAGCAUUUUUUACUUGUUGUUUUCCUCUCCCUCCUUUAAUAUCCUAUUACAGGUCCCAAAAGAACCUAUAAUAAUGUGAACUGCCUCAUUUCAUGUCUUCUGUGAGACAAAGGGACACUGCUCUCAGCUGAUCCUUUCAAGGACGUCAAGAUCUUCCAUAUGGGUUGUAAUGCCAGUACAGUGUAUUUAAUCUCAUUUGUGGGGUUGGCUUUUGAUGUUCACCCUGUUUCUACUAUGAUAAAACAAGAUGGACAAUUUAACAUGCAAUGCCUACUUGGGGUUGGGUCCCUGUAAUUCCCCACUAAACAUUGUAAAUUUAGCUUUUGGGGAUGGGAUGAAUGACUUGCUGUUGAAGAGAGAUCUUGGGUAUUGUGAAUUAAAUUUUUCUUGAGGCAGAGACCACCUUCAUGUAAACGUAAAAAAGGUUGUCAAGCAGUUCUGGUAUUGGCAGUAAACAGAAAUAAAACAGGAAAAUGAGACUUAAUUCUGUGUUUCUUUUGAUCUUUUCACCAAUCUGCAGACUGCCAAAAAAGACUUGCAUUACCUGAGCUGUUUUUGGCCCUUAACAAAUUCCUGAAUAGCUUUACUAAAGCUAGUAUUUCCUGUUUCAGAGCCAGACUUUAAGAUUUAGUGAGCUGUGCCAAAUACACUGUGUAUAUCCACAACUUGAUCUUUGAAUGUGUCAUUGCAGUUAGCUCCCCCCACCCCGGCUUGCGCUGUGUGAAGGUGCAUUGUAUAGCUGUGACAUUCCGUGUGGCUGUAGUCUCUGGCUACAUGUAAAUAAUGUGUAAAGCAAGUUUUUUUUAUGAUUAAGGAAUCAAUUUAUUUAACUUUAUUAUUGAAAGUUAAACCUGAAUCUGUAAAACAAGAAACCAAUAAAAAAUAUAAUCUUU